AUGGCCCAGAAGAAAACCAUCCGACAGCAACCCUCAGACACAGCCUCAAAAGAAGUAACCUCCAACCCCGAAAUUUACGCUGAGAACAUGGCAUCUCUCAGACGUUUUCUCGUCGUCAGUCUCGGCAACCCGGGAGAGUAUCGCGAUACUUUUCACUCAGCCGGCCAUCUGGUGCUCGAAUCCUUUCAGAAAAAGCUUCCUGAAGACCUCGGACAGCCGUCUUUCACCUCGGAACGCUAUGGAAAGAAAGCCGUCCGUGCUUCCGCCGGAUCAAAGUACACUCUUUUACAAAGCCCUACGCUCAUGAACAUCACCGGGCCGUGGCUCGCUCGGGCGUACAAGGAUUACCUGGUCGACCAUGGCCUAAGCCCCGAAGAAGUUGGACUCGUGCUGGUCCACGAUGACUUGGAGGAAGAGUUGGGUGUCGUCAAGGUCCGACAGUGGAAGGCUAGCCAUAGAGGCCACAACGGCAUCAAGAGCGUGCUGGCCAGUUUGCCGCCGAUACCCGAUGCUAAGUGGGCGCGCGUAUCAAUAGGCAUUGGUCGGCCGGAUGAUAGGGACAGGACCACUGUGUCCGACUUUGUCCUCAGCAAGAUCCCAAGGCACGCCAAGGGGAUAUUGCAAGAUAAGGGGGGAAGCGGGCUGUGGGAGGCACUCGGCAAGUUAGAGAUAAAAUGGAACAAAUGAGGUUGUGGACAGUGGAGAGCGAGUACGACAGAGCUGGGCCGGUGUUGCGCCAGUGAGCUAAGAUAAACUAUGAUACCCCAUUUUCAACC